CGGGCUCCUUGGUUCAUCGUUCCCCCGUCAACCGGGCCGGACCUGCUCCAUUUCUGACACGGCGAGAAAAACCCGCUAUCAUGUCGGAUUUCGAGGAAUUUGAGAAGCAGCUGAGCGAGAAUCGACAAGAGCGAGAAAGAGAGAGACACAAAAAGAGGAGUCGCAGUGGAUCCCCGGGCCGAGGCGACAAACAUCGCAGCUGGAGCAAAGACCGAGGGAGCCGCAGCCGAGAGAAACGCAGCCGGAGCAGAGACAAGAAGAGCCGGGACCGAAGGAGCUCCUCCCGGGACCACAAGAAGCACAGUCACUCUCCGAGGCGAACGAGGAAGAAAAGGACCUGCAAAUACUGGGAUGUGCCCCCUCCCGGCUUUGAACACAUCACACCAAUGCAAUAUAAAGCUAUGCAAGCGGCCGGACAGAUACCAACAAUAGCUCUGCUGGCAACAUCCACCACCACUGGAGUGGCUGCAGCGCCGACGCAAGUGCCCAUAGUUGGCAGUCAGAUGACAAGACAGGCCAGACGCCUUUAUGUCGGAAACAUCCCCUUCGGAGUGACCGAGGAGUCCAUGGCCGAGUUCUUUAAUGCUCAGAUGAGGCUUGCGGGCCUCUCACAAGCUCCGAGUAACCCUGUACUCGCUGUGCAGAUUAAUCAGGAUAAAAACUUUGCUUUCCUAGAGUUUCGGUCUGUAGACGAGACGACGCAGGCCAUGGCCUUCGAUGGAAUCAUUUUCCAGGGUCAGUCGCUGAAGAUUAGACGACCUCACGACUAUCGGCCUUUGCCCGGUAUCUCAGAGCAGCCAGCUUUCCACGUCCCAGGUGUCGUCUCCACCGUCGUUCCCGAUUCCCCCCAUAAACUGUUUAUAGGAGGCCUGCCUAACUAUCUUAAUGAUGACCAGGUAAAGGAGCUCUUGACAUCAUUCGGGCCGCUCAAAGCGUUCAAUCUCGUGAAGGACAGUGCCACGUCACUGUCAAAAGGUUACGCCUUUUGCGAGUACGUAGACAUCGGCGCCACUGAUCAGGUAACGGUGAUGUGUAGCUUCUCUGUGUUAAGACCGUUGGCCGUGCUGUUUGAUCUGCUGCUCAGAGCUCUUGGGCUGUUUCUUCAUCAGGCAGUCGCUGGGCUCAAUGGAAUGCAACUGGGAGACAAAAAGCUGAUAGUCCAAAGGGCGAGCGUGGGAGCUAAAAACGCCAAUCCUACCUCCAUCAUAGAGACCCCGGUGACGCUGCAGGUGCCGGGGCUUCAGAGGCUGCAGAACUCUGGCAUGCCCACAGAGGUGCUGUGCCUUCUCAACAUGGUGAUGCCCGAGGAGCUGGUGGACGAUGAAGACUACGAGGAGAUCCUGGAGGACAUCCGCGAGGAGUGCUGCAAGUACGGCAGCGUCCGCUCCAUCGAGAUCCCCCGGCCCGUCGACGGUGUUGAAGUCCCCGGCUGUGGAAAGAUCUUUGUGGAGUAUGUCUCGGCUGCAGACUGUCAGAAAGCCAUGCAAGCCCUCACCGGCCGCAAGUUUGCCAACAGAGUGGUGGUCACCAAAUACUACGAUCCAGACAUGUAUCACAGACACGAGUUUUAAAGCACAGACGAGUCUGACGGAGUAUCUCCCUCCUCCUUUCUGUUUGUAAGCACGGGUUCAGUCGGUUUCUUUACUCCUCUUAAUGUUGUGAACGUGUCACUAGAGACUGGACCUGCAAAAGACAUUUUACUACAUCUUCUACUUUACAAACUGAACUGCAGUGUGUGUUUCUUCGGUACUGAAUAUCUAACUCCCAGCUUUAGCCUGAUACCCCCACAUUGACCUGAACUCAUUCUGAAUUUAAAAAAAAAAAAAAAUACUGUAGUAUACAUUACCUUUGCAGUAGAAUGAAUGUGACAUGUAUCGUACCUAAACCUAAACUUAAUACUGCCUGACAAUGCCAGAGUAGCUGUCUAUCAAGUGUGCACUAUAUCGUAUGAGAAAAAAAAACAACAGUCAAAUGUUUAGAUUUCCCUCCUGAGCACAAACAUUGAUUUCUGUUCUAGACCCAGACUUGAGAAGCCACCAUAAUGCCGUGUGGCUGUGAGAAAAAAAGUUUUUAAUUUAUGUAUUUAUUUUUCCACUGUAAUAUUUUUCCUCUGUACGUCACAUAAUAAUGUUCUUAAACAAUACAGUAUACGAUGCUAUUAGCUGUACUGCUUACGUAGACCAAAUGUCGACUUGUUUUGUCAAAAGUGAGAAGAAACGUUUUGUCAGAACGGCCUCAAAGGUCAUUUUGUAAAUAUUAAACAUCAACGUCUAAACAUAAUAAGUAUAUAAAAUAGUCCGUGCGCACUGGAAGCUACUUGAAUUAGAAAAUGAUCAGAAAUGAAAAAUUAGUCGUCAGGAUUGAAAAGAUUUUAUCAAAUGCUGUUGACCGUUUUUUAAACCACUCCCCCGAACAGCGAUUGUCCAAUCAGAACUUAGCAACCAUAACUAGGGCCUUAGCAAGAGCAAUUCUCGGCAUUUAAAGAAUUUGGAGGGUGGUAUCUUUUAUUUAGCUUUAUCUUUCCAUAACUAAAAACAUUAGAUCUGACGCGUAAAGAAAGGAUUAAACUGUGUGUUCAUCAGCUCAAAUGUGACCUGCAAAUAUAUCCGGAUAACUAGCUUACUACCUACAAGCGUUAUUUCCAAAACCAAGAAAUACACAAUUUAUGAUAACUAACUACAUUAGUUUGUGGAUUUAGCUACAGGUUGUUUUAAAAAAUCACAACAUUCACAACCAGCUUUUUCUUAUUAACCCACUGUGUGGUAGCUGGUAGCUAGCUUACAACUAAACACACUGGGUAGUCCCCAUCCUAAAAGUGAAAACAUACAGUUUGAAAAUAGGAACAAGUAUGCGAGCUAAGCAGCCAAACAAAAUAACAGUCUGAUUUUAGAUUUUCCUUAUCAUACUAAUUGUACACCGAAUAACUAAGCUAGCUCUACACCGCAAUACAAUAUCAACGCUGCUUCUUAAUUAACGUGGAUCAUGAACUGGUGAGGAUAUUUAGCCUGGGACCUGUUAGAUUUGCCUGAGUUUUUUUUUUUUUUAGCGCAGUAUCAUGUAUGUAGUUAUCAAGUGCAUAUUUAAGACCCCUUUAACAAGAUUCUCAUUUAAAAUGACUCACAUGGAAACAUUAAAAUAAAAAAAUAAAAAAGUCAGCUGGAGAUGGCACUCUUCAACCAGUUCGUGGAGUAGUGUUAACGUUAGCUUAACCGGUUAGCUAGCUACAGCGGAUAAAAUCCGACAGUGACCAGAAAAAUCAACAGUCGAAAAUGAUAAACUGCUUUUGUCUACAUCUUAAAUCAAAGAACUGUUCUUUUGAAAAAAUUACAUAGAAUUAAAAUGGUAAAUCUGCCACGUUAGCAUUUUAAAGUGCUUAUGUGCUACGUGAAAAGGGAAAGUUUAACCCAUAUAGCAACAGUAACUAAGGGGGGGGUGGGGCUUAAUUAACAGUCAGUUGUGUUCGGCAGCAAUCCAGCAAUAGUCUAAAAACUGUUGUCAAAAUCAGAAUAACAAAAUCAAAAUUUGUCCUCUGGGUCUCAUUAAAAAAAUAAAUCAGAUAUGCACAUGUUAAGAAAUGCACCUUUUAAGUUUUGUAGAUAGCCUACUGAAUGAAUUUCUUAAGCUUUAUUCCUUGUGUGCUGUUUUGCAUCUGUUGAAGAAAAUGUAUUAAAUUAAAGCAUUAAUUUAUUAUGAAAUAUCAUUUAUCUGCUUAAUAAAGUGCAGGCACAAAUACAGUAUCCAAACAAAUAUGUCAGAAAUUUGGGAUGAUGACCUGAGUUUGCACAUACAGAAAACUGUCUGUUCUGUUUCAAAGUAAACAAAUUGUGUUUUGGUGUAAUAAGCAGAACAUAUGAUGAUGAUAAUAAAAAACUACUGUAUUUUAUACAUUUUUGGAUGGGCAGAAAUUUUAAAUCAUUUUCAGUUUGUACAAUCCCUGCCACUGGCAUUGCCUUGAAUAAAUGCUUGCA